AUGUCCGCCAAAGUCGCCCUCGUGACGGCCUCCUCAGCCGGCCUCGGCGCCGCCACAGUCAAAGCCCUGGCCCCUUACUUCCGCGUCGUCGUGAACUAUCACUCCCGCGCCGAAAAGGCCGAACAAGUCAUCCGCGAAGCGUCGGCCAUUCCCUCUGCCUCUGCCUCUACCGCUGAGGGCGGGACACCUCGCUUCCACGCCAUCAAAGCCGAUGUCUCGAAGCGGAGCGAGAUCGAGCGCCUCGUGGCCGAGACGGUCGCCACCAUGGGCCGGCUGGACGUCGUGGUCAGCAACGCCGGCUGGACGCGGCUGACCAACUUCUUCGACCUGGACCAGCAGGUGAACGAGGCCGACUGGGACACGUGCUUCAACGUCAACGUCAAGUCGCAUCUGUGGCUGCUCUACGCGGCGAAACCGCAUCUCGAAAAGGCCGAACAGGCAGGAGGCGGCGCCUUCGUCACGGUCGCCAGUCUCGCGGGCGUGAGGCCCAGCGGGAGCUCGUUGCCUUAUAGCGUGACCAAGGCGGCCGAAAUCCAUUUGACCAAAGGGCUGGCCUUGAUCUGUGGGCCCAAGGUGCGCUGUAAUAGUGUGAGUCCCGGGUUGAUGAUGACUGAGUGGGGUAAUCAAUUCCCGGAAUCAAAAGUCAAGGCUACGGUGGAAAAGUCGGCUCUCAAGGGCACGGCGACGGUGGAGGAUGUGGCGGAUCAGAUCAAGACGUUGGUGCUGAGUAAGUCGAUUACGGGGCAGAAUAUCGUGAUAGAUUGCGGGAUCGCGGUAUAG